CUUUGACAUUUGACAAUCAGUUGAGGUUAUGAUGUGUUAUUUUAUUUACAUUUUUGUCACCUAGUAAAUAAAAAAGAAAACAAUUAAAAUAAUAAUGCAAAAAAUGAAAUCGAAAACGAAAAAGGACUUGAUUAAAAAUCACAGAAAGCGGAAGCACAGUACCAGUUCGGAUAGUUCGUCCAGUUCGGAUUCGGAGAGCGAUUCUUGUACGAGCACUUCGAGCAGUAGCUCAGAGGAAGGGUUCAGAAAGAGGAAAAGGACGAAAAGAUCGAAGAAUCGUAAGCGGAGCUCUUCUGAGUCUACUAGGUCGUCUAGUUGCACCAGCUUGUCUAGCUCAGAAAGCAGUACCAGUUCUAGUUCAUAUUCGAGCAGUUGCAGUAGCAGUUCCACAUCAUCCUCGGACGACAACAAAAAACGCAAAAAGAAAAACCGCGAAAUAAUCAAGCAAAAGCUGAAAGAGAAAAAACGAAUCAUGAAGCGAAUAAUGCACGACAAAAAGAAGAAAAUGGAAAAAUCCGAAAAGAAAAAACUAGUGGAAAAUGGCAAGAAGAAACCCAAGCCCAAGAGCCAUAAAGAAGAAGAAAUUAGCAACGAUAUUCCUAUUGAAUUGAUGGAUAAAAGGAAGGUUAUGGCACCCAUGCGGAAGGAGGAAUGGGACACGAAGCAGAGCGUUGUUAGGAGGGUUUAUGAUGAAGCAACUGGAAGGCAUAGAUUGAUUAAAGGCGAUGGAGAAGUUAUAGAAGAAAUAGUCAGCAAAGACAGGCAUAAAGAAAUUAAUAAACAAGCUACUAAGGGUGAUGGGGAAUAUUUCCGUAAUAAAGUAAUUCAGAAGGCAAAGUAACUGCCUACUAGGGAAUAUUUGCAUAUUAUUUUCGCAGAAGAAAAAAAGUGACUUUUUGCUGGCAAACUACUUCAUCAUGGUCAGAAAGUUUGUAUAGAUUAGAUAUAAUUAUUAUUGCACAUAUUUUAUAAGUGUAGCCACAUAUUUAGAUUAAUUGGAAGAAAUUGCUGUAGAAAAGUGUCUGCUUUUCUAUAAUUCAAAUAAAUAUUGGGCAAAAAUGAUUGAAAUUCAUUAGGAAUUCAAUCUUUUUGAGAAAAAAUUGUCCAAUGAAAUGUGUUCAACAUUUUAUCAAAUAUGUUUUUUCUAAUCAUGUGUUAUGUUACUUUUCCCAUAUAAUUUUCAAUAUAAAUAUAACAAUGAUUAGAAAAAGUAUAGGGUUUUACUUUUUAACUAGUGACAAUUAUUGGCAACUAAGAUAUUAUUUUAAUUUUAAUUUUUAAUUGAAACUUUAUACAAUUUUAAAUGUAGGUAUACCAAUUUUUUAGUGUUUAGGCAAAAAGAAUUGUAGCUUGUAAAUAUUAUAAUUAUACAAUAUUUUUAUUGGUGUAUUUAAAUAAUUGUCGUUUAAUAAAAAUUAUUCUCAUCACAAUAA